AUGACCGAUUCCGAUGAUGACAUGCCAACGCUUCCAUCCGACACGCUUGAAAUACUACGACAGUUUCAAGAGGAACAACAGAGGAUCGCUGAAGAAAUAGUUACGGAGGACUGGCAGCUCAGCCAAUUUUGGUACUCUCCUGAAACUGCGCGACAGUUGUGUCAAGAGGUAGUAGAUGCUCUCGGAGGAAAAGGGCGUAUAGCGUGCAUAUCUUGUCCUACACUUAUCCAGUACUUCCCAGAAAUCGAACAGUAUGAUCCCGACACGAUCAGUGUCUCCUUGUUCGAAUAUGAUUCACGUUUUGCCAAAAAAUUUCCUUCUGAGUACAUUUUUUAUGACUAUCGGCAUCCACUUGCGAUUCCUCAGGAGCUCAAAGGGGUCUAUGAUGUUGUCAUAGCCGAUCCGCCAUUCCUAUCUGAUGAGUGUCUGUUAAAAACGGCGCAGUCUGUUCGAUUUCUAGCGAAACCACACGCACGAAUUCUUCUUUGCACAGGAACCAUCAUGGAACAGAAGGCGGAACGGUUACUUGGUCUGCAUCGGCUCAACUAUGAACCGUGCCAUGCAAAUAAUCUUUCAAACGAGUUUUCGUGUUUUGCUAACUACGAAACGAAAUUUUUAUGA